AUGAACCAAGAGGUGAAGGAGGAUUUCUUCUCGGCAGAUGAAGCCUUAAAUUCAGAAGUUCAGGACUUGGUUGGAGAACUGAGGCAUCCUUCAGUUUCCUUAUAAACUAACAGCCUCUCUGUCUUUACAGGUGGUCCACACGCUUAUUGAAAGCCUCUUCUCCUUAUUCAAAAUGAUCUACCGCAUGGCUGAGAACGUGAAGGCCAACAAGGAGCGCUGUGGAGAAAUCGCCCAGAGAGUUCGAUCCCUGGAGGGAUUGAUCCUCAAAAUCCAACAAAGGGGUUCUGGUCAAAUCUGUGUCUCCGUGGAGGACGCUCUGAUGGAUCUCUGCAGAACUCUGGAGAGCACCAAAGAGUGGAUGAUGAAAUUCACCAAAACCAAACGUGUGGUGAGCUUCUUCAAGUCCGGCAGCCAUGAGGAAAAGUUCAACAAGUUGGACAAGAAGCUCACAGAAAACUUCAUCCUGCUGUCCGGAGCUCUUCUGAUCGAGCAGGGGGACAAGCUGGACAGGGUGUUUGACACACUGACACAAAGGGGAUCAUCUCAGUAUGGAUUCAGAGCCCCCAUAUCCUCCUUCGUUCCUCCUGAUCCAACACCAAGCCCUCCAGCUAUAAUGCUGCCAAACUCUCCAACAACCCUAAUGCCUCCAGUGGGACCAUCCAAUUUCUCCCUGGGCUUGUGCCCCGGUCCUCUGAGUCCAAAUCCUGUGAUGAAUCCAGCCGUCCCACCAACCCAACCCUAUAUCUUUCCCCCCAUCGGUUUCUCCAACACUGCUGUCUACAGUUCGCCGGUAUUCUCCUCGGCUGUAAAUGUCUCCAACAUGGCGCCAUUGAACAUCAACGGUCUGUUUGGCUCGACGGUCUUUCCACAAAACACUGGAGUAAUGUACGUCCUCAACAGGUCUGUUUACUUUUACAAGUAG